UUCUGUUUCAAUUCGGUAAUCAUAAACCAUGCCCCACAAUUACAGAUUACAAUGCUCGAUUACUUUUGAACUUUUUGCUCUCUUUUCUGUCAAAUUGUUGUUCAUUUCUGAAGAUUUGAUGUGGCAUCUUCGUGAAACAAUAUAGCUUAUCUAUCAAUUCAAGUUUACUUUCUCGGCGAACAUGGAGAUUCGGGCCGAAGAUGAUCCGGCUCCGAAAUUUCUCGCUCUCAAUCGUAUCGACCUUUCGAGCUCAGAUAUUCAUCAAUCGGUUUCGUUACUCAAACAGGCUUGUUUGGAUACCGGAUUCUUCUAUGCUGUGAAUCACGGAAUCGCGGAGGAAUUUAUGGAUGAGGUUUUUGCUCAGAGCAAAAAGCUUUUUAGUCUGCCGCUAAGCAAUAAAAUGAAGCUUCUGAGAAACGAGAAGCAUAGAGGCUACACUCCUACACUCAAGUAUGUUUUCUGCAAUUCGCAAUUCGUCUAUGAGCACUGCAAAGAGAAAUUAAAAUUGCUGCACAUAGGAGAUUACAAGGAGGGGUAUUACAUAGGAAUCGAGGAGAAGAUUCCUGGAGAUGAUCCAGAUGGAGAAAGGCCAUUUUAUGGUCCAAAUAUUUGGCCUGCAGAAGAUUUGUUACCUGGCUGGAGGGAGAUCAUGGAGAAGUUUCAUACACAAGCACUAGAGGUUGCUAGAGCAAUCUCAAGGAUCAUUGCUCUUGCGCUUGAUCUUGAGAUUGAUUUUUUUGACAAGCCAGAAAUGCUUGGUGAGCCAAUUGCAGUCUUGCGCCUACUACACUAUGAAGCCCAAAUUUCUGAACCCUCAAAAGGAAUAUUUGGAGCUGGAGCUCAUUCAGACUAUGGUUUAAUCACACUCUUGGCGACAGACGAGAACCUCGGUCUCCAAAUUUGCAAGGACAAAGAUGCUAAACCUCAGAUAUGGGAAUAUGUAGCACCACUCAAAGGGGCGUUUGUGGUGAACCUUGGAGACAUGCUGGAGCGAUGGAGCAACUGCAUAUUCAAGUCCACAUUACACAGAGUUCUGGUGAAUGGUCAAGAUAGAUAUUCUAUUGCAUAUUUUGUGGAACCUAGUCAUGAUUGUCUUGUGGAAUGUUUGCCAACUUGCAAGUCAGAGAAAAACCCUCCCAAGUUUCCUCCGAUUCUAUGCAAGACAUAUUUAAGUCAGCGUUACCAAGAAACUCAUGUUGAUCUAAAUACAUACAGAAAGGAUCAAGAAUAAAAGUUGAUAGAAAUGUUAUGAAAAUAGUAAUGCUAGUAAAGUAAUAUGAUACAUAAUAAAGUCACUUGUAAAUGCCCAAGUCUAACAGGGACAGGCAGACGGUGGAUGGCUGAGGAAGAUAGACCAAAACUCCACACCGGAUUCAAGGGCUGUAGUUACUUAUAUAAAAUGUAA